AUGAAUGUGCUGUUAAAAAGACGCAGUUUAACGUUUGCACCGAGAUGGCUGUGGUGCAAGUGUCGAAGUAGCAGGAGCAGGCCGUAUUCUCUGGCACACGCGGUCGACACAAGUAAGAUGGAGGCAACCAGGAGGAACGGUCAGAUUGUGAAGGACCUGGGUAGAUACUAUCCGUCAAUGUCAGAAUCAGCACUCCACGAUCUUUGCCAGGAGUAUAAAGAAGUCACUAUCGCAGACUUUAAUGAGAGAUUCUUGGGCAACCCAGCCACAUUACACCAUGAGGAUAAUCCUAAUUUGUUACUUAGUAUUAAUGGCAGGAUUAAAAGCAUUAGGUUUUCAGGCCAGAAGAUUGUUUUUAUAGAUCUUUACAACGGCAGUAGCGGAUUGAAGAAUGAUACGCAACUGCAGUUGAUCGUAAACUACAAUAAAAUUGGUGGGAGUAGUGAGGAUAAGGCGAAUUUCUCAGAAUAUAUGAACUUUUUGAAGAAAGGAGAUUAUAUUAAGGCGCUCGGUUAUCCCGGGUUUUCCCAAUCCAGAGUCAAGAUGCUGUCCUUGAUAUGUAAUAAGCUACCUAUAGUAUUGUCUGUUUCGCAACUGCCGUUACCUUCCAGACUGAAUGAUGAAACCAAGAUCAAAUCUAAUAGAGUUGUUGACUACCAAUUAAACGGCACUCAGACACUGCUAGUAAGGGCGCGUAUCAUCAAACUUUUGAGGAAGUUUCUCGACGACAGAAACUUCGUUGAGGUUGAAACGCCUAUACUGUCAUCAAAGUCCAACGGUGCCAUGGCGAAGCCCUUUAUAACGUCGUCCAAGGACUUCGACCAUUUGGAGUUGCGUAUUGCACCAGAAUUAUGGCUGAAGAGGCUUAUAAUUAGUGGUUUACAAAAAGUAUACGAAAUAGGAAAGGUCUUUCGAAACGAAGGCAUUGAUUCCACGCAUAAUGCUGAGUUUUCCACUUUAGAAUUCUAUGAAACUUACAUGUCAAUGGACGAUAUAGUCACAAGGACUGAAGAUUUGUUCAAAUUUUUGAUUACUAACUUGCAAAAGUUCUUUCAAGAUACCCGUCUGCCUGUCCCUAAGACGUUUAGUGAAUUACAUCUGGCACUAUCCGAGAAUAAUUGGAAGUUUAGAAAAGUCGAAUUCCUGCCCACUUUGAACAAAGAGCUUGGCAUUGAUCUAAUGAACUCUGGAUUGGAUAUCAAUAAGCCGAGCGAACUUUUGAAGGCUUUACCGAAAGACAUUGCGAAGAAGUAUUUUCCUUCUGCAGAUAACACUGGGCAAUUAUCUUCGCUGCAAAUCCUAAAUAAACUAUCGGACGUGUUCCUCGAGCAGCGCCAUUGUCAAUCAACCUUGCCUACGGUAAUAUACCAUCAACCUGCAAUAUUAUCGCCCUUAGCCAAGACGGAUCCGCAAAAUAAGCAAGUCACGAAGAGAUUCGAAGUCUUCAUCAAAGGUAAGGAAUACAUCAAUGCUUACGAAGAGGAAAAUUGCCCCCAAUUACAACUGCAGAAGUUUCUACAACAAAAGCAGAUUAACGAAUUGACAGGAAACAAAACUGAGACCUUAUCGCCUGUUAUUGACUACCAGUAUGUUGAGACGAUGAAAUACGGUAUGCCUCCAGUAGGUGGCUUUGGCCUUGGCAUAGAUAGAUUGUGCAUGCUAUUUUGCGACAAGAAGAGGAUAGAAGAGGUUCUGCCCUUUGGCUGUGUGGAUGAUGUAAACAGGCAGUAA